AUGCUUCCGUCAUCAAUCCUCAUCCCUCUGGCAGGGCUUAUCCCCCUCAGCGCAGCCGGUGAUAGCGCAGCCGGUGAUAGCGCAGCCGGGUAUAUUCUUCAGGACGACUAUAGCGUGGACAAGUUCUUCUCUAUGUUCGAAUUCUUCACGUCUGUCAUGAGAUUUCUCAGCAUGAACUCGAGGAAAUCUGGAACGGUCUUCAGCCAAGAUGCUAAGUCUCGAAAACAGGAUCGUGAUCCUACGAAUGGUUAUGUGACAUACGUCGGACAGUCUGCUGCGCAGGCCGCCGGACUUGUGAACACCAACAACAAUGCCGUGUAUAUGGGAGUGGAUUACACCAACAUCGCCUCAGCCCCGGGCCGACAGAGCGUCCGGCUAACAAGCAAGAAAUCCUAUACGCAUGGACUCAUCAUUCUCGACCUGGCGCACAUGCCUGGUGGACUUUGUGGGACCUGGCCAGCCUUUUGGACCGUGGGACCCAAUUGGCCGAAAGGCGGAGAGAUUGACAUCAUUGAAGGUGUGAACAGUCAAUUGUCCAACUCCAUGGCCCUGCACACGGUUCAAGGUUGCUCAAUCUCAAACAAUGGACUCUUUUCUGGUACCAUUUCCACCCCCAACUGCGAUGUCAAUGCGCCCGGUCAGCCGAACAAUGCAGGCUGUCAGAUCCUGAUGUCAAACUCUGCUUCAUACGGCACGGGUUUCAACCAAGGACAAGGCGGCGUCUACGCAACCGAGUGGACUAGUGACCACAUAUCGAUCUGGUUCUUCCCUCGAGGUGCGACUCCUGCGGACAUCUACUCUGCGUCUCCCGAACCCGGCAAUUGGGGUCCGCCGGCAGCCAGCUUUGCUGGUGGCUGUGAUAUCGACAGCCUCUUCUCCUCCCACCAGAUCGUUUUCGACACGACUUUCUGCGGAGACUGGGCUGCCAACGUGUGGAGCACCGACCCGGUCUGCAACGCCAAAGCACCAACUUGCGAGGCAUUUGUGCAGAACAAUCCCGCCGCAUUCAAAGAUGCUUUCUGGAGUGUCAAUUCUCUAAAGGUGUUCCAGAGUGCUGAGGGUGGCAGUAUCCCGCCGCACACCAAUCCUAGUCAUGUGCCAUCCGCUCCUACGGUUGGUCAGUCUGUCCCUGCCAUGUCAUUCCAUGCAACAUCCGGUCCCAACGGGCAACCAAGUGGAUUCCCGUACUCUGCUCCUGCCGACAGUGAAGUGCCGCCGAGCACAGGCUUCAGUCGGGGUGGCAAUGGCCGAUUCACCAAGACUUGGGGAGGAGGAUCAUGGGAUGAGAAAACAAACAUCGACGCUGGAUUUCGUUCUGCCAUCACCUCCGCUGCACAGGUUGGCGACAGUGACGGUGCCACAGAUGAAAAUGUCCAUUACGUCACUGUCACGGCCUUGACCCUUGAGGAUUUCCCUACAAGAGAAGAUGUCCCAGUAGGCCAGGGCGACGAUAGCAAUGUCAACAACAAACGCGAAGUGGUCGUGGAGAAGAAAGAAAUACCCCUCAGCCCGGUCGAACUUGGCGCCCCAGUCGAAGCGAGGACAUCCAAGCGAGAGACCAAAUCAGACAUGGAAAAGCGUGUCGCAGAUAAAGCGGACCAUUUGCACCUUCAUCGACGUGGCCGGCGCCAUUCCCUCUUCGGCGGACUCACGGGCGCGGGAACCACAGAAGAGAAAAUGUGA